AUGGGAUCCCUUCAGCGGUCUCAGUGCCUGUCACCUCCUUUUCUUUUUGCCCUGAGAAAUUGGUCUCCUUGUCUCAGGCAUCUCCUAAGUCUGCAGCCUCUGACGCUAAGCCGACUCCCCCGGAGUCGGGCGUUCUCGAGGCAGCGGCGCUUCCUAGGUGGCGAGGCGGCGGUGCCCACUUUCCCUCCCCGCCCUCCCCGCCUCUGCCAGCCCCGCGGCCCUCCCCCGCUCGCACUCACAGGUCGAGCGGCCCGCAGGCUCCCUCGGCAACGUUCCGCCCGGUCCAGAGCGCUUCCCCGCGGCCUUUCGCCCAGCCGGAAAGAGGCCUGGGCGAGCGGCGGCGCCACGUCCCCAAGGAAACCGCAGGGAGCCAAUGACGGACGGCAGACCCGCGAACAGGGGCCCAGCCUCCUCCUAGCCGGGGCCGCGGGCGAACUAGUAGCGCCGCCGCACCUCCGCCCCGACGGGCCCGGUAGGCGCUCCCGAGAGCCGGGCGAAGCGGUGCAGGAGUGCCCUGCGCCCGCUGCCCUCCUGGCGGCGCGAUUUCUCCGCCGGCUUCGUGCUGCGCCGCCGCUUCCAGGACUGAGCGGCGCCGGCAGAGAAACAGAAAUGGGGGACAAUAUCGUUUACACCGAAUUCCUUCAACAUUCACUGAAUGUCUACUGUGUGCCAGACGUAAGCCCCUGUGCCCCUGCCCUCUCGGACCUGACAGUAAUACAUAGAGAGGUCUGCCAAGAGAAUCUUGAGGGAAAUAGAGAUUCUCUAUUUUCCUCCCCGACACCUAUUUCAUCCAGGCCAGGAUGGAGGAAUAUGAAAAAAGAGCUGGAGAAGAUGAAGAACAUAAUUCCGUUUGAUCAGAUGACCACUGAGGACCUGAGUGAAGUCUUCUCAGAAGCCAAAUCAGACAAGAAGAAGGACCCCUAUUGGCCUCAUAAGCCAAUCGAAAAAGCCCCACUUGAGUUGGGGAGAAAGCUCUGGCCCCCGUAUUAUAAACACUGGACACCAAAAGUAAUAUAUGGUAAGAAAAAAAAAAAGAUCAAACAAAUAAACAACCCUUUAAGUGGAAGAUUACACACUUAUCCAAAAAAUAUAUACAGAUAACCAAUAAACCCAUGAGGUAUUCAACAUUAUUAGUGAUGAGGGACAUGCAGAUUAAAACUAUAAGGAAAUGCUACCACGUACCCACUAGAAUGGCUAUAAGCUAAGAGAGUAAUUUGCCAAGAAUGUGGUACUGUGUGCCGCAAUGUCAUGAGGAUCCUUAGCGGCUCUCUGGAGAGGCCCAUGUGGAGAGGAACCGAGGCCUUCUGCCAACCGGCAGUAUCAACUUGACAGCUGUGUAAGUGAGUCACUGUGGAAGUGGAUUCUCCAGCCCCAGUCAAGCCUUCAUGUAACUGCAGAUCCUGCUGACGUCUUGACUUGUGCUUCCUAUGCCCAGCCCUAACCUCUCUUCUAAACCACCAUCAUAUACCUCACCAGCAGAAACUGGUAAUAAAUGUUUAUUGCUGCUCUAAGCCACUAUGCUUUAUAGUAAUUUGUAACAGAGUAGCACAUAACUAAUUUACAACCACAUAGGAUUAAAAAAAUAAUAGAUGGGGCACCUGGGUGGCUCAGUGGGGGAAAGCCUCUGCCUUCAGCUCAGGUCAUGAUCCCAGGGUCCUGGGAUCGAGCCCUGCAUCAGGCUCUCUGCUCAGCAGGGAGCCUGCUUCCCUUCCUCUCUCUCUGCUUACCUGUGAUCUCUGUCUGUCAAAUAAAUAAAUAAAAUCUUUAAAAAAAAAAAAAAAGAAAGAAAGAAAGAAAGAAUAGAUACAUUGGCUGGCACAUAGUAGGCCCGUCAUAAAUGUUGGCUGUUAUCAUUGUGUAAUGCAUACAUGGGUUUUUUUUCCCCUAGCAAGUACAAGUUUCUUGCAAAGGAGGACUUCAGUUCAUUCCUUUUUUUGUUUGUUUGUUUCACUCUCCACCUCUCCUCAUCCUUCUUAGUCCCCAGCACAGUGCUGGGCAGACAUACAGCAGGAGCCCAGUAAGUAACUCAAAGGGAGGCAAAGAAAUCCAAAGGUGAAAUAGUUUUAUCUUUGUCACUCGAAGGAUAAUUUUCACCACCUGAAAUAUUAGAUUAACCUCUUUGUUAUAGUUAAUGUAAAUGCCUGGGCUUUUAUAUGUUAUUUUGGAAUGAGUAAGCUGUAAAGGCAAGGAAGUCUAAGGGGUGAAGAGAAAAGAUUUGAUUAAUUAAAAGGAGAUAAUGAAGAAACAAGCAUCAGACAAGGCAAAAGACCAGGUAAGAGGGUCAGGGAUGUGCCUGUAUAAAAAAGAAUAAAAAAAUGGGAAUUGGACCCAGAGGACAACAAGGAAAAUCACACUGAUAAAUCAGGGAUUCAAGGUUCAUGGGUUGGAGACCCACAUCUGCUGCCUUAAUUUGUUGUUUGUUGGUAAUUAUGUUGUUUCUGUUGUCAAUAAAGUUUGUUGGGGCACCUGGGUGGCUCAGUGGGUUAAAGCCUCUGCCUUCAGCUCAGGUCAUGAUCCCAGGGUCCCAGGAUUGAGCCCCGCAUCGGGCUCUCUGCUCAGUGGGAAGCCUGCUUCCUCCUCUCUCUCUGCCUGCCUCUCUGCCUACUUGUGA